AUAAAUACCAGCUGUCAAUUACAUACGAACAAAUUUUCACUUGUUUUUUCAAUCUAGAAUGUCGGCAAGCAAGACAGAAUGGUACAAGGACCAAUUCCUAAUCUCCACAUCCCAGGAUUUGCUCCAGAUCGAUGUUAUAACUAAGGCGUUCAAUGCGGACUACAUGUACUGGACCAAUGGCAUGCCCGAAGACAGAAUGAAGAAGAUGCUGUCCAAGUCUCUUUGUUUCGGCGUCUAUAUGCUACCCGAAUCCUCCUCCGAUAUCGCGGGCCGUGGUUCCCUUACCCAGAUUGGCCUCGGCCGUCUCGUGACGGACGAAUCCAGCUUUGCCUACCUCACGGACGUCUUCAUCAUCCCCGAACAUCAGGCGAGUGGCCUAGGCCGAUGGCUGAUGGAAUGUAUCAACGAAACCCUAGAUUCGUGGCCCGAUCUCCGCCGCGCAAUGCUGUUUACGAAGGGUGAACCUCGCAUAAAGUUUUACAAAAAGACGAUGGAGAUGGCGGUAUUUGAACCCACCGCUAAUGGAUUGGUUAUUAUGCAUAAGGAUGGCCGUGGGAGUCCAUAUAAAGAAGUCUGAUGUAAACAGAAGCGAUUUCGCAAGUGGAAUAGAAAAUGAU